AUGGCCGAUCGGAGAUUGAAAGUGCGCGAGAUUGUAGAAGCCACAGGCAUAUCACAUGGCUCAGUAGUUUCGAUUUUGAGUGAUCACUUGGGUAUGAGAAAGCUAUCUGCAAGAUGGAUGCCGCGUUUGCUCACAAUUGACAAUAAACGCAACCGUGUGACAAUUUCGAAGGAGUGUUUGGCGUUGUUCAAUCGCAAUUCGAACGAAUUUUUGCGCCGUUUCAUAACUGUGGACGAAACAUGGAUCCACCAUAACACACCGGAGACCAAGGAACAAUCGAAACAAUGGAUUUCUCGUGGCGAAUCGGCUCCAAAGAAGGCCAAGGCAGUUUUAUCGGCCAACAAGGUCAUGGCGACAGUUUUUUGGAAUGCACGCGGAAUAAUCCAUAUCGAUUACCUUCAAAAGGGAAAAACAAUUAACGGCGAAUAUUAUGCCAACUUAUUGGACCGGUUCAACGACGUUUUGAAGGAAAAACGACCACAUUUGGCCAAGAAGAAAGUCCUCUUCCAUCAAGACAAUGCACGGGCGCACACGUGCGUAAUCGCCAUGGCAAAAUUUCAUGAAUUAGGCUACGAAUUGCUCCCUCAUCCACCAUAUUCUCCGGACUAUUUUCUAUUUCCAAACCUGAAGAAAUGGUUAGGCGGAAAGAGAUUUGGCUCUAACGAUGAAGUCAUCGCUCAAACAAACGCCUAUUUUGAGGGCCUCGACAAAUCUUAUUAUUUGGAAGGGAUCAAAUAA